AUUGCAAAGCUUGGUUCUUGCGCGUGGACACCCAAAAUCAAGCGUACGGAUCGAGGAAAUUUGAAAGGCUCAAAGGAGGUCCCUGAAUAUGCAAAUUUCGCCAAUAAACAUACGGUACUUCGGAUCGUAACGGAGAAUAGAAUUGAAUGGGCGGCUUGUGUCGCAAAUUGGAAGAUGUGCCCGGAGAAACCCUAUGUAGAGCCAAGAGGUCUACCCGGCGUAGCUGCGCCGAUAUGUUGCAGCACUGUUUUAUGGAAAAUGCUGAGCGAUUUUGUGAGAGGGCUAAACAAACUGGGGCUAGAAUACCGAAUUGUUGAUGGCACCUUGUUAGGGGCUGUCAGGAGUAAAGCGAUCAUACCAUGGACAUACGACGUAGAUAUUGCAUUACCUUCCUCCGUGUAUAAAAAUGCUUCAACGUAUACUGCUCUUAAAAAGGUUCUCCAAAACCAAUACUAUAUAGGUUUGUCUUUCAUGAAUAUGCCCAGGGGGCAUGUUCUUGUGCCCCCGUACAUCGAUGUAAAUACAGCCCCAUAUUUUGACGGGCCUGAAGACUUAGAAGGCAAAACAUUAUUCAGUAGUGAUCUGGAAAAAGCAGUAAAGGGAAUGUUGCCAGUGGCUCAGUACUGGAGACAACGUAGCUAUGUAGAUUUUUAUGAGGCAGGUCAAGCCCUGAUGGAAGGAUCGUCCAUUGUCACCAUUAACAAUAAACAAUUCGUGACCGUGAAAGAUGUGGAUAAAAUGUUGAGUAUGAAUUACGGCAAGAACUAUCGGCAACCAGCACUCAAAGGAGAAUGGUCAGGUUUGUCAGAUCACAACGGUCCCUGA